GAGAGGGAGGGGGAGAGAGAGAGAGGGAAAAAAAAAAGAAAAAAAAGCUCGGCUUAGUUUGGACUACUGAAGAAACACGGGAUUUAUAUCAGGGACCGAAUUAAUCGAAGUUAUUAGGAACUGUCUUUUUUUCCCUGUUUAUCCAGGAUUAUGGGGUUUAAAGGGGACGUCGCGCGCGCGCUCCAUUCAUUACCGUUCACUCUCGGACAGAUUUAGCAUGUUAGCAUCACAACGCAAUUUAUUUAUAGGACUACACAAAUAGCAUGUAACAGAAAAAAGUAUUUGGUGUUAGAUUUGUUUUAAGUCCGGCUUUUGUUUACCGAGCUGAAAAUGACGUGUAUCGUGAAGUAAGGUGGAAAAAAAGGCAAUAAGUUUGCGUGCGCGAGGCAAAAACGGCUCGCGCCGCCGCAGGAGCUCGAGCCACUUCAGUUUGCUUUGUAACUUUUUAAACAGUUUCACACUCAUGAGUUUAGAGCACCGUAAAUAUCCCGCCGUCUUUUCACCUUCCUUUAAAAUGGAUGACGAUAACGAUUUAAUAGGGGCUUCGGAGUUUAUAAAAGAUCGUUUGUAUUUCGCCACACUGAGAAGCAAACCUAAGAGCACAGCAAACACGCACUAUUUCUGCACAGAUGAUGAGUUUGUGUAUGAAAACUUUUAUGCAGAUUUUGGACCUCUCAACCUUGCCAUGCUGUAUAGGUACUGCUGUAAACUUAACAAAAAGUUAAAGUCUUUUACACUGACCAGAAAGAGGAUUGUGCACUACACCAGCUUCGACCAGCGCAAGAGGGCGAAUGCUGCUGUUCUCAUUGGUGCCUAUUCUGUGAUUUACCUGAAGAAAACUCCAGAAGAAGCUUACAGAGCUUUGAUCUCUGGAUCUAAUGCCUCUUACCUGCCAUUCAGAGAUGCAUCGUUUGGAAAUUGCACAUACAGCCUGACUGUUCUUGACUGUUUGCAUGGAAUCAGUAAGGCCCUGCAGCAUGGCUUCUUGAACUUUGAGACAUUUGACGUGACUGAGUAUGAGCACUAUGAGCGUGUAGAGAAUGGAGACUUCAACUGGAUUAUCUCCGGCAAAUUUCUGGCCUUUAGUGGGCCGCACCCAAAGAGUAAAGUAGAAAACGGCUACCCACUCCAUGCCCCUGAGGCCUACUUCCCAUACUUCCGCAGGCACAACGUUACCACCAUCGUCCGCCUCAACAAGAAGAUCUAUGAUGCUAAGCGGUUCACAGAUGCCGGCUUCGACCACUACGACCUUUUCUUUGUGGACGGCAGCACACCCAGCGACGUCAUCAUGCGCCGCUUCCUGCAUAUUUGCGAGAGCACAGAUGGCGCUGUGGCUGUCCACUGCAAGGCUGGUUUGGGAAGGACAGGCACGCUGAUCGGCUGCUACCUGAUGAAACACUACCGAUUCACUGCAGCUGAAACUAUCGCUUGGAUACGUAUCUGCAGACCCGGCUCCAUUAUUGGACCCCAGCAACACUUCCUGGAGGAGAAGCAGACAUACCUCUGGGCUCAGGGAGACAUGCUUCGUUCGAAGCAGCAGAAAUCGCAGGUGUAUGAGCAAAGUAAUGUUCCUCGUCUCAUCUCAAGCAUGGAUGACCUGACCAUCAGCAGCAGCUUCCUCAGAUCUGGCAGCAUGGAAGAGAAUGGUGAAUACAGUGAAAACAGUCUCAGCAUGACUCAAGGAGAUAAACUACGUGCCUUAAAGGGCCGGAGGCAGCCAAGGUUAUCCACCUCCACAGCUCUGAGUAGACUGACUGGCUCCAGUACUCAAGGACAGGGUUCGCCUCUCAAACCCUCCAAACUGACGUCCUCUUCUUCCACUUCCACCUCUACCUCCGCCUCUGCCAAGAGGAUCAGCCGAAUCUCUCCAUCCUCAACCAACUUGAAGAGCUCCAGUCUAAACUCCAGAUUAGCCACCUCAUUGGGCAACCUGUACGUCAUCACCGGAGACUCACGGAAUCACCAUCAACACUUGUUUGCAUCGUCAUCUCCUUCCUCGUCUCCAUCUUUCCCUGUCCCUCGAGCCACAUUUGCCAGCAUCUCGGCUCUGGCUGCAAACACUUUUCACUAUGAAGUCAACAACAACAGUGAUCAAUAUAGUGCCUCAAAUGGCAAUUCCAAGAUCUCGGCAUUCAGCAACCACAACCACAGCAGUCUUGGUGGAGCCUCCACCACUGGGAGGUUUGGCUUGGCGGAGCAAGGUCAGAACCCGUUGACGGCGGGUCUAAGUCGGCCCUCAGCCCGAUAUCUCAGCCGCUCCAUUCCUUCCCUUCAGUCGGAGUGUGUUCGGUAUUAAAGCAGCAACUCUGCACUGAUCCUGAACCUGUCCUUCUGGCCUUUCUCCAGUGACAUCCAUCCUGCUAUGUGAGCACAAAAGGAACUGAAUAAAGCCAGGUUCUGAAACCGGGUCUAUAGAUCCAGUGUUAAAAUGCACUGAAGGAAACUCUAUUACCUGCUUUGAAAUACACAUCUCUCUGGCGCUUUCUCUCUCUCUCUCCCUUCUUUAUUUAUAUAUAUAUGUGUAUAUAUCUCGUCGCGGAAACCUCGUAUGUCCAAAUUUUGUCAAUUUCAUAUUUUUUUCACAUAUCGAUGCCAUUCGUCAGUCCCCACGUGGCUCUGUUAUUUUUACAAGUUAUUAACCAAUCUAAAGUCUUGAAAAUAGCUUGAGCGCAAGUCUCUUAACUCCAUUGGACACUUCAACUGUCCACCUCUUCCUCACUCCGUGGGAGAGAUUCGCGGCAUAUUACUCCUCAAGAAGAGUCGCAACGAAUCAACACGUCUUCUGAGGUAAAUGUCUUCAAAACACUGGGCUCAAAGAGAAAAAAAUCUUGACCCCCGCUAGUUCUGGUGCUCGUCUGAGGACAGGAAUUUAGCGCAAGACAAUCCACUGCAACGCGGACUAAACCCUGUGCAUUGCAGAUAAGAUACGGCGUUUUUUUAAUUUCUUGAAAAAUAACGGUUUUGGAGAUACGAGGAUUCCGUCUGACAGCGACUAUAUAUAUGUGUGUGUGUGUGCGUGUGUGUGUGUUUGACACAUAAAUAUAUAUAUAUAUAUGCACACAUAAAUAUAUAUAUAUAUGCAUAAAUAUAUGCACAGAUGUACUAAGGAAAGAGAUUAUUUUUAGAAAAGAAAUUAUUUUUUCUAUUUCUCUAUACUUUUAUGAUAAUAUCUUGGAUAAUAUUUUUGGUUUAAGGGAAUGUGUUCAAAGGUAACUAUUUUGUUAUGAUCUUCAAAGUAUAAAUGUAUAAUGACAUAUCAGACCUACAGUACUAAACUGAUGGAUCAAAAUGUAUUAAAUGUAUUAAUCAAGCUAACCUUUAACAGAUUCAUGUGUACAGUAUAGUGUUCAGGGAAAGAAAUAGUGGCACAAAUUGUGGGGGAGCGUCACCUUGGAGGGGGAGAGAGUGGUGCUGUGAGUCCGUAUUGGUCCCAAUAUACUCUGCAGCUUUACAGCAUGAUUGUGUCAUUUUUAUCAGCUCCAAAUGCUGACUUUAUUUGAACUCUUACUCCGAUUCAGAUAAACAUAAGCAAUCUGAAUACUUUUUUUUAAUGCACACAGAAAAUAUAUGUUGCUUUUCAUAAGAAUUUGUGCACCCUUUUCCACAUUUUGUUGUUCUACAUCCUGGAACUGAUCUAAUAUUUAAAUAUUCCCCUCUUUAUUUGUAUCAUAUUCUUUCCAUUUUAAAUAAUGUAUUUAAUGUUGCUCUGCGGGACUUUUUAAAUUUGCCUUUUUUUUUUAUUACAAUGGAUUAUUAAUUUAGAAGGUUAAGAGCAAGGGACUGUGAAUACCUGUAUACAAUCACAACUUUUGCACUUUUAUUUCUAAAUCCUUGUUACUGUCAUUUUUACUGAGCUAUAUCUGUUUCCUCCUUGUUUCAGUAUUAUGGGAUAUUUUGUGUAUAGACAUUUAAUUUAGUCUUAAUUUCAGUCUAUUUCAGUUCCAGGUUGUAACACUCCAAAAUGUGGAACUUACAAGGGAGUGAUUACUUGUACAUGUCACUGUAGCGAAAGGGACUGUUAAUGCAUCAUAGUAUGUGUGAUAUACUGUAUGGUACAUUUGACAUGUUGAUGCUGAUGGUAAAUUAGGUUUUAUAAUUUGAAUUUAUAGGAAGAUUUAUAGAUAAUCUGAUCUUUUUGUGUGUUUGACACAAAACAAACCUACAAUAUUUUAACUACAAUAUUAAUGAUCUUUAGUGUUGCUGAUGAGUGUCACUUAUCUACUGACGAUUAAACCCAGAUGGGGUUUAAAAUUGCUUUUGGAUUUCCACUGAUUUAAUGUUUAAAAAAAAAGGCAGUAAGUUUUAUCCAAUUGUUUGCUGAUGUGUGUAUAAGCCUGAUUACUAUUACUGUUUUGCCUCAUUGGCCCUGUAGCAGCACUCUACAUUCCAGAUGACGACGUGCUUUUCUAUGUUUUAUACUUUUUUUUUUUUUUUGUCGUUUUAAGUAUUCUACCUCUGAUAAACAGAUUAUAAAUAUACAGGCUAUGGCUGUAUAAUAUUGUCCUGCAUAUACAGGAGAUGCAUUGAAAUGCAAAACACUGUACUACUUCUUCCAAAAAAAUAAUAAAAUACUGAUUGUUUUGGGCAUUUGAUGCAAAA